AAGAUAUUAAUAUCAUGCUCUGUAUUUUAGGUACAAGGCUUCCAGAAACAAUUUAAUUUAACGUUAAUCUGAUAAGUCAUUUCUGUCUUCAGAUGCCUAAACUUUCAUAAUUGACCCAUGACCUCCAACAUGGACAAUUUGAGUUUUUAAGGAGGGAUCAUGGCCUAGUCAAAAAGCAACCAGCCUCGACGAUUCUGAAGCUCUGGGUUUGCUGGGCUCUGUUACAGAUUUACCAUGGCAAAGGUCCUGACUCCCCUGAGACUGAGGGGUUGCAGGAUGUUGUGCCAAAACCACCAUCGCACCUUUGGAUCGAGUGAAGAUAUUAUUACAGGCACAUAAUCACCAUUACAAACAUUUAGGAGUGUUUUCUGCUUUGUGUGCUGUCCCCAAAAAGGAAGGUUAUCUUGGGUUGUAUAAAGGAAAUGGAGCAAUGAUGAUUAGAAUCUUUCCGUAUGGUGCAAUUCAGUUUAUGUCCUUUGACCAUUAUAAAAAGCUAAUUACCACAAAACUUGGGAUUUCUGGACAUAUACACCGGCUAAUGGCUGGCUCCAUGGCAGGUAUGACAGCAGUCAUCUGUACUUACCCACUUGACAUGGUUAGAGUUCGCCUGGCGUUCCAGGUGAAAGGAGAACACACAUACACAGGAAUUGUUCAUGCAUUCAAAACAAUUUAUGCAAAGGAAGGUGGCUUUCGUGGGUUUUACAGAGGACUGAUGCCUACUAUUGUAGGAAUGGCUCCCUAUGCAGGGGUUUCAUUUUUUACUUUUGGUACCUUAAAGAGUGUUGGUCUCUCCAGUGCUCCUACUUUACUUGGAAGACCUUCAUCAGACAACCCUAAUGUCUUAGUUUUGAAAACGCAUAUAAACCUGCUUUGUGGUGGUGUUGCUGGAGCAAUAGCACAGACUAUAUCUUAUCCACUUGAUGUAACUCGUCGUAGAAUGCAAUUAGGGACUGUUCUCCCAGAUUCUGAAAAGUGCCUUACAAUGUUGAAGACACUGAAGUAUGUCUAUGGACACCACGGGAUUCGAAGAGGGCUCUAUCGGGGUCUAUCUCUUAACUACAUUCGCUGUGUUCCCUCCCAAGCCGUGGCGUUCACAACCUAUGAGCUCAUGAAGCAGUUCUUGCACCUCAACUGAAGUCGUGUUUUUCCUUAAGAAACUAUCCAGGCAGACACAUGUAUAUCUAUUAUAUAAAUAUAUAUAUAUAUGUAUAUGUAUAAUGUUUUACUUUAAUAUUGGCAGUGGGGGGAGGGGGUGGUGUGUAGAUUAAAUGAAAUCUAAAAUUACUCUCUGGCACUGGACUACUUGAUAUAUAUAUAUUUUUAAAGCCAGAAACCAGAAGUGCUUCCUGUUAUUUUUUUGAUGCCAUAAUUUGUGGUUUCCCAAUAUGAAACACCCUUAAGCCAACUCUGGAUAUUUUAUUUAAGUUCAUUAGUUUCAUUAAAAUAACUAAAAGGUCUGAGAAACUAGUAAAAGAUUCAUUGGUGUUCAUUACAGGUUUUCUGAUGUUUACUCUUAGCUUUAUCAUGUUCUUCCGAGCUUUUUCAGUAAUCAUGGCAAAAAAAAAUCCUGAUGAAAAACUAUGCUGGAUUUAAAAAAUGAACUGGGUUCAUUUUGUUUUUUAAAUUAGACUUAAUAAUUUAUGAUUACUGUAGCAAGAAUGCAUAUUGAAAUUUUAUCCUGCCCAGUUGGAUAAGUGCAUUCAUUUGAACAAGCCAGCACUGAAAGGAUGAUGUUUUGAGGAUGGUGGGGAUUAGUUUCUUGGCUUUGGCUUAUGACUUGAACAAGAUAUGCAUAGGUAGACUGAAAGUAUCUCCAGUAUUGUCAAUGUUUGGAUCAAAGGGUAUUUACUGUGUGUAUACAGUAAAAUGAUAUGUGCAUUAAAAUAUUACUAUAUCAAAAUGUUCUUCCAUGAGAGACUUUUCUGUCACAUAAAUUUACUUAAUAGAGAUAUUUGAAUAUAAUUUCUAAUGAUCUUAUUGUUUAAAAACAAGCAAGUUAAAAAUGCCUAGAUUCAUUUUUUGUAGCUACUUAUUUUAGAAUUAUUUUAUUUAUUGUUGUAAAUAUAAUUUUAGAGAACAUGAUAUAUAGAAUCAUUACUAUGAGGUUAGUUAUUAGAAAAUUAGUUGAAGUCAUUGUAUGUUUCCAUUUUUGUUUUGGUUAAGAGAAUGAGCAUUUCUGUUUUAGCCUUUGUAAAUUAAUGAGUUUUGGGGAAAAAAAUCAUGUGAAUUGUCUUUAUUUUGAUUUGACUUCUCAGAUAAAUAUGUUUGAUUUAUAAAUCUACCAGUUGAUGGAACUGCAUGCGUUUCCUCUUCUGGGUUAUGCUAUAACUAAAUAUCAUCAAGAAACCUCAAGGUAAUUUAAAUUGCUAAAACGACUAUCUUCUAUUAUCCCCUGAAAGAAAACUUCAAAUGUUUUACUGAAGAAAAACUUGCAUUCUGUGCCAUUUAUAGAAUAUAUUCAGAAAUUUAAUAAUAAAUGUUUUAGUCAUA